UCACUUUUGUACAAAAGCUAUAUAAAUAAAGAUUUUUCAAAAAAAGUUGAGUAUAAAUAGUAAGUUUUCGAGAGUGUAAAAAGUAAAAAAAGAAAUUUUUAAAACGAAUGCGUUAGCGAUGAACAACAACAACCAACAACAACAGCGAACAAAACGCUAUCGCUACGUCAUUCUUUCAUUGCCAGUGUUAACCGUGGUUAUAUCUGUAUUAUCAACCGUGGCAGCAUUUUUAGUAUCAACAUAUAAAGCAGAAGGCAAAGACAUGCAUUUUCUACCUUUCAUAAGUAAUAUUGGGGACCAUCGACCAGAAAGUAGUGUAUUUACUUUUGGCAUGACAUUAAGUGGAUGUGUCACUUAUAGUAUUAUAUUUAUAAGAUACCUUCAAGUGAGAAAUUUUUUUGUAAAUCGUGACUUAUGCAACCAUGCCUCGCUUGUUAUAGGAUCCUUGUUUAUAAUUGGCAAAUUCAUGGUAGUUUCCUUUCAGUUAUCCAGUCAAAUUGUAGUGCAUUUCUUUGGCGCAAGUGUAUAUUUUAUUGGGGCGUUUCUUUAUUGCGUUUUACAAACUGUGAUUUCAUAUAACGAUUCCAAACAUUUAUAUCGACUACGACUUUUCCUCACCAUCUUCAUGUUUAUUUCUGGUUUUUUUUUUGGACUUUUCCUCUUACCAUCCCUUGAGAAGUAUUAUUUACACUACAGAAUCUCUGAAAUUUCAGAAUGGUGUUUCGCGGCAUUAAAAAUGGUAUUUAUGUUAUCAUUUGUGGCAGAUUUUCAAAACGUUAUUCCCAUCUUUAGCAUAAGAAAUGCUGCCAGCGCAUCAAACUACGAAACCUUUACCGAAGAUGAUUACGAAAUCGUCCACGGAGAAGAGUUCCAGGGUUUAGAGUCUCGAAUGUAACUGGUGAAGAUAGGACCGACGAUGACAUCCCUCAAAAGAUUGAUUAAAUGGGAAACAAGACGAUAAUACACGCUUAAGUUGAAGUUUAUAAAAUGUUUUACAGAUGAAAAAACUUGCUUAGAAUCGUGCAAGACACAUCUCAAUCAUGAAGAGUAACAGAAAUAUACAAGAUUUUAAUUUUCAAGCAGAUUCAAAAGAGUGACAGCCAUGCUAUCUUAAAAGUUCUGAUGAUAAAAAAAAUAUAAAGAAUGUUAAUAAUGUCAAGUGUAUAUCUUUUGUUUCGAUGUUCUUUUGUCCGCGUUCA